CUCCCCCCAAUCAAUCCAUUCCCAUUUCCUCUCGCCGCCACCCCGAGCCUUCUUCCUCGCCCAUGCCGCCACUGCACGCCGCCGCCGCCGCCGCCGCCACAGUGUCGUCUUCUCCUUCUUCUUGAUCGAGCCGCUUGGUCUUCGCCUCUUCGGUUCUUUUCUUGAUCGCGCGGAGGCGGGAGUGGGAGGGCCAUGAAGUCCGCCACCUCGCUCCUGCUCGGCGCGGCGCUCGCCACGGUCUUCUUCCUGCUCUACACCUCCGUCUGCCGCGACCUUGGCCCCGGGCAGCCCAGGUCGCCGUCGUCGUUGUCGCCGCCGCGGUGGGCGCAGGAGCAGGGGACGGCCGUGGCCUCGAAGGUCGUCAACGCCGAACGGGGGACCCGCCGCCCGACCAAGCAAGAAGUGGAGAGAGCUGCUCCGAGGGAGGAGAAGCAGACGAACGAGGCGGCUGCGCGCGGCGGCGGCGAUGGCGACGGCGCGGCGGAGCAGCAUCAGCAAAACCAGCAGAAGAUCGUCAUGCCUACCAGCCAACAGCAGCAGGACACGUCGUCUGGGCACCAGGACGACCUGGGCGAGCUGCUCCGGCGAGCGGCGACGGCGGACCGGACGGUGCUGAUGACGGCGAUAAACGAGGCGUGGGCGGCGCCCGGGUCGUUCCUGGACCUGUUCCUGGAGAGCUUCAGGCACGGCGAGGGCACGGCGCAGCUGGUGCGGCACCUGCUGGUGGUGGCCAUGGACGGCGGGGCCUUCCAGCGCUGCCGCGCCGUCCACCCCUUCUGCUACUGGUUCCGGGUGGACGGCAUGGACUUCGGCGCCGAGCAGACCUACAUGAAGGGCGACUACCUGGAGAUGAUGUGGCGGAGGAACAGGCUGCAGCAGACCAUCCUCGAGCUCGGCUACACCUUCCUCUUCACGGACGUGGACAUCCUGUGGUUCCGGAGCCCCUUCCCGCACAUCUCCCCCGACGCGCAGGUGGUCAUGUCCUCCGACUUCUUCGUCGGCGACCCGGACUCGCCGGGGAACUACCCCAACGGCGGGCUCCUCUACGUCCGUGCCACCGCCAGCUCCGUCAGGUUCUACCAGCACUGGCAGGCCUCGCGCGCGCGGUUCCCGGGGAAGCACGAGCAGUUCGUCUUCGACCGGAUCGUCAAGGAAGGGGUGCCGCCGCACGUCGGCGCCAGGGUGCGGUUCCUCGACACCGCCCGCUUCGGCGGCUUCUGCCAGCACGGCGACGACCUCGGCAGGGUCGUCACCAUGCACGCCAACUGCUGCGUCGGCCUGCGGAACAAGCUGUUUGACCUCAGGAACGUGCUCGACGACUGGAAGGCCUACCGAGCGAGGGUCGCCGCCGGGGACACGGCGCGUCUCUCGUGGAGGGUGCCGGGGAGGUGCAUCCACUGAUUUGGGUGACGGAUCCGUCGGGGAAUUAAGGGUGGGGCUGAGUGUUUUUUUUUUGGUUGGGAGAUGAGGGGGUAGGCUAUUGAGUUCAUUAUUCCUUUUGCUUUUGGUUGCUGUGUGUAUAUAGUUUGUCCCAUGAUGCAUGAGAGAUUUACUCGACUAGCUGCUCUGUCUAGGGUGCAUCGGAGGCAUUCCUUGUUUGUUGUGUAUCCAUUUUGUAUCAUGUUAACUCAUUAAGUAAUUAAUGCGUUAUUAUAAUGAGAAUUACCGAUAAUUGAACGAUC